AUUCCUAACCCCCGAACAACCCCAUGGUCAAAAAUCAUCACAGAAUCGGUCGAAAUUCCGGUGAAAAUCGCGUCCAAACGAAAGGUAAAAACGGUGAUGGAGUUUGCGCAGUUGUCGCCGCCCAGUCGCCGUAUUUAUAGUGCGGUUUCAGGAUAAUGUUACGCGAGUUUUCAGUCGUUCCCCGUACGCGCAUCUGACUGUCCGUGUUUCGUGUUUUUAAUUUUUUUUUUGUCGGCCCACAUUUAUUGAGUAGCCGUGUGUGUUUUGUGCAUCGCCCCCGGGAGGAUUGAGCUGCGGACGAGCUAAACGCUGGAAACGUGGUGAACAAAAAACGGACAAUAAAAAUGUGGGCGAUGGGAACUGUAAAAGUGGUGGACAGAGACCAGAUGGCGGAGACGGUCCAGAAGUCGCGGAUCGUAAGUGACGACGACAAUCUAGAGGAGUCGCUGCUCGAAGAGUUUAACCUGCGCCUAAAAAACUGCAUGAACCAAGAGGAGCCGACCAAAAACGGGGACGAAGCGGAGGAAAUGUACGAGAACGUGGACGUGGACGUGGACCCCAAACCGAAAACCGCCAGCGAGGUUUUCAUACAGUCGGAAAUCGAGCACUACUACGACGAACCGAGGAAGAUCACCAACGGGGAGCUGCCGCAAUCCUCCCAACAACCACCACAACCAGAACCACAACAACAACAACAACAGCAAGAGGAGGUGGCGGUGGUGGAGGAGGCGGCGGCGGAGGAGGAGGAGAACAUCUACGAGAACGUCAAGACUGACCAAAACACUCCCACGAUUAACUUAGAUGAAGAAACGUACGAAACGGUGCAAGAAAACGUUUACGAAACUAUCGAUGAAGAGAACAAAUCGUCGGUGAAGGACAGAAUGUUCCUGAGCACCGACGACGCGUCUUGUCUGUUGUUCACGCAAACCGUCACGAGUCCCAUGUUAACACCGAGCGAAGAAAACAUCGACUUCCUCAAAGGUUUCAGCAACGAAAGCGCCAACACCUCCGACGACUCGGAUUCCUCCAAAAAGCUCGUCAUUGAUGAGGAUGCGAUUGUCACCGAUUUGGACGACAAGGAGGUCAUUUACGAGAACGUAACUUCGGACGGUACGGUCAGAGAGCAAGAGGUCAUCUACGAAAAUCUCAAGCUGGAGCCCGAGCCUCCCAAAUUAGAAAACGAAACAGUCAAUUUGGAAGUUGAAACCCUCAAAUCAGAGCCCGAAACAGUUGAGGAGGAUAAAGAGGACGUGUACAAAAACAGAGAGUCCCUAAAAGAAUUCGAAACACUAGAAAGAGACUUCGAUGAGCUCAUAAAAUUGGAGGAGAGAACCAAGGAGAUUGAACUCCUGGACGAAAAGGUCCACGAAACGAUACCAGAAGACGACGAGACCUUAGAACUGCAGAAGGACAUCGAAAAGUUGGAAAAAACGGUGGCAAGCGUCAAUGUGCUGGUCAAAAGCGACUUCAAGGAAAAAUAUUCAGAGUACAUACAUCACAAUCGCAUAGAGACGAGUCAGAACUAUUUGGGGAAGUACAGCGAAGUCGUUUCGAAAAAUUCCAAGAACAUCGAAAACAGGGAAAAAGAUACGGAAACGGUGCCCGAAAAGAUCGUACAAAACUUAAAGUCGCAGUUCUCCAAAACACCCGAGGCCAAGAGCGACAAAAAGAAGGAACUUUCGGACGUGAACAACUUAAAAAACAUCGACAUCAUGAAGCAGAUCAACAAAUUCGAAAUGCAGGAAUCCGGUGACGGACUCAAGGAAGACAACACCGUAACUGAGACGUAUUCAGAAACGACGACGACGACGACGACGAUUGAAGAGGUCGGUCAAAUCGGCGAUAAAGGGAUGAAGAAGAAGAAAUCCAAGAAGUCCAGAAAGGAAGAGAAAGAAAACAUUUCUGUUCACGACUCGGACUCGGAGAAUUCCGAUAACCUGUACAAUGUAAACGUAAAGAGUCUGUGUAGAAGUUUCGGCGAUUUAUCCAAAGUAGAUAACGAAACGUACCUAACAACUAGGAACGUAAGGCAAAAGUAUGCGGAACGAGGGAGGGCCAAGUCCUUAAAUGACGUGUCGGUAAACCGCACUGCUAAAAUAAUCGAGGGCGUGUUCGCCGGAGUUUGCGUCAGUGCGUUGCGCGAACGCUUUCGCGAAAAGGAUUUACGGGUUGACGGGCAGGAUCUGAAGUCGAGUUUCAACAAGUUCGACGCGCUCCAGAAGAAGAACGUGCUGCACGUCAGAUCGUCCGAUUCUGUAGGUGCUCAGGACAAAUUCAGUGGUGCGCAAUCAGACGCAACGAACAACUGCAAGGCCUGCUCGAAAACCGUCUUCCAGAUGGAACAGAUCAAGGCCGAGAAGGCGAUCUGGCACAAGAACUGCUUCCGUUGCACCGAAUGUUCCAAACAGCUCAACGUGGACACGUACGAAAGUCACGAAGGAAAUUUGUACUGUAAGCCGCACUUCAAGUCGUUGUUCGCCCCUAAGGUGGUCGAAGAAGACGACUCAGUUCCGAGACCGCGAAAGAACGAGCUGAUUAUAAGGGAGAAUCAGCCCGAAGAGCUGCCACCGGAUGUGGUCCGAGCCAGCGACAAACCGGACUUGGGUCUCGAAGAGCUGCACUCCCUGAACGUCAAGGAACGUUUCCAAGUGUUCGAACACCACCAAACCGAAAGUCAGGAGGUCGAACGUGAACCCGUCAACGUGAAACGUUCUCCCUCCAUCCUGUCGAAGCUGGCUCGUUUCCAGGCCAAAGGUAUGGAUGUGGGCGUCGCCGACGAUUCGCUGAACGGAGUGCCGAUCGAGGAGAGCUCGUCCGAGGGUGAGGAAGAGUGUGAUGGCGAAGAAGUGGAGGGCGAAGAUGCGGACUUGGUGCGCGCCAAACGUGUGCAAAAGGAGAAACCGUUCCAUUUCACCGGCAUGUCCGACGUCAAGAACAGAUGGGAGAAGGGCGACCAGAACGGAAGGGAUGAACGCAGGGAGGAACGCAAGCAAGAAAUACAAAAUAUUAGGAAUCGUCUCUUUAUGGGCAAACAAGGAAAGAUGAAAGAGAUGUACCAGCAAGCAGUCAUGGAGUCGGAGAGUACAGUAAAAAAGACUUCGGAAAAGAUCGAUUUCGAUGCCAAAUCGAUUAAAGAUAAGUUUGAAAAGGGAGAAGUGCUCAAGGAUAAUUUAGAAAAGGAACGGGAUGAAGAAGAGGAAGUGUACGAAAGUGAAAUCAGCAAAAAAUCCAGAUCGUUGUUUUUGGAACUAGACGCCAAUGCUUCGAAACCUCCACAAAUAUCACCAGUUACACCUCCCAGAGUCGAAAUACGAAAAGCUAGAGAAGCCUACCUGAAUAAAGUGUCGAACGAAGACACGGUAAAGUCGACGGAAACGGUGGACGACGUCCAGGUGAAAACCGCCGACAUCCAGCAGCGGUUCAAGUUCUUCGAAACGUACAAAGAGCCGGAGAAGGAGAAGCGCCAGUUCAGAAUCACGCCGCCGCGCGAAGGCCAAAUCAAAGCCCCGACGCCCGAAAGAGAGGUGUACAGGGACCCGGACGUGGUGAGGGCCGAGGAGUACGUCGAAGACUCGGUGAUCGCGCAGGAGACGCACACCGCCACCAAAAUGCUCAACAAGUUCAGGCAAAUGGAGGAGAACUUGUCCAAAGAACCGCAGCCUCAGGGGCCGAAACCGCUGAAACGUUUCACACCUCCGCCAGAGCCGGCGAGGGUCGAAUCCAGUUCGGAGGGUGAGAGCGGUUCCGAGGAAGAAGACGAGGAGCAGGAAACCGUUGACAACUGCGUUUCUCAAGAUUUGCUUGAGGCGCAAAAGGCGGCGAGGGCGAAACAACUGAGGGCGAAAUUCGAAAAGUGGGAGGCGCAGGAGAUACGCAAAGAGCAAACCAACAUAAUCGAGGAAUACGGGGACGAGUCUCAAGUGGAAUCCACACGAUCAUUGAGGGCGAGGUUUGAAAACAUGCGCGACACGAGCCAAGAAAUAAAAACCACUCCGAAAGUAAAAGUCAACAGAUUCGUGGAAUCAAACAACCAGGAUUUGUGCCAGAGGUGCAAAAUGAAAGUAUACCCUUUGGAAAAGAUCUCCGUGCACGGACAGGUGUUCCACAAGAACUGUUUCAAGUGCAUGGAAUGUAACUGCGUCCUCAGGAUGAAUUCGUACACCUACAAUCAGGGUCUGUUGUACUGCAUUCCGCAUUUCAAACGUCUGUUCAUCUCCAAGGGGAAUUACGAGUCGGGUUUCGGUCUGGACCAGCACAAGGACAAGUGGAGUCCUUCACCGAACACCGCGACAAUGGCCUAAGUUUAAUGUGAUUGUGUGAUUCUUGCCUCGUUCGUUUACACUGCAUGUUUUAACAAUGAUAUAUUGUAUAUAUUCUUUUAAAGUUUUGCAGGACGCAAUUUGUUGUACUUAAUCCAAUUAUUUAUGUGCGCGACAGUUUUAAUUAUAUUAGAUUUAAGCUUGUUUUAUUGCUAUUAUUAUAUUUUAGUCCACCGAUUUUAUUAUCAAACAAUAUACAAAGUAUAUGUGAUUUUAUAAUAAACAAAUUUCUUUAUAAAUCAAUCAA